CAAACUCCAUUGUUCUGAAGAUGGUACCUCCGCUUUGCUUUCAACACCUCAAACAAUACUGGGCCAUGUACAGGUUAAGACUGAUUAGGAAAAGCUGCUUGACCCAAAUUAAAUUACUUGGCUUUGAUACCAGACUGUGUCAUUCUUCCAGACCUCCAGUAGAUUUGAUCAGUAUCAACUACCCAGCAGAAACAAUCAAUGGGAGAAAAUACAGAGACGACCAUCAGACCAGUCAGAUGCCUCUUUCUAAAAUAAACCACAUCUUAAAAGCUAAUGAGUACAGUUAUAAAGUCAAUGGAUAUGAUGGACGAAACUCUGUUCACUCAAUUUUAGGGUUUGACAGUAACAUCUUGGCAUCAAAUGCUCUGAAUGAGGACCGCAGGAGUGCAGCGACUUGUCUCCAGAGUAGGGGAAUGCUUUUUGGGGUUUUCGAUGGACAUGCAGGUUAUGCGUGCGCCCAGGCAGUCAGUGAAAGGCUCUUCUACUACAUUGCUGUGGCUCUACUCCCAGUGAAGACCUUAAUGGACAUUGAGGAUGCAGUUGAGAAUGAAAGGCCGGUGUUACCCAUGCUACAGUGGCACAAGCACCCAAAUGACCAUACCAGCAGAGACUCUGGGAAGCUUUACUUCAACAGCCUUAGGACGUACUGGCAAGAGAGGAUCGAUCUAGAGGAGGACGAGGACAGGGACGUCCAAACAGCUUUGAUGAAUGCAUUCAAAAGGUUGGACAAUGAUAUUUCACUUGAGGCCCAGGUGGACUUUGGGGACCUCUUUUCCCACUUCACCCCUCUUCGAGUGGCUCUGUCAGGGUGCACAGCAUGUGUCGUCCAUGUGGAUGGAGACGACCUGCAUGUGGCCAACCUGGGGGAUAGCAGGGCCGUGCUGGGAGUCCAAGAGGAGAACGGGACCUGGUCAGCACACACCAUCAGUAAUGACCACAAUGCCCAAAACGCAGUUGAGUUGCAGAGGGUUCUAUCUGAGCACCCUGCGCUCGAACGCAAGACGGUAGUCAAACACGACAGGCUACUGGGCCUCCUCAUGCCCUUCAGAGGGUUCGGAGACAUGAAGUUUAAAUGGAGCGGUGAAAUGUUGAACCGAGUGUAUGAAACAAGACCAGACAUCUUGUCGGCCAAUGAGUUUGUUAAGAUGCUCCCACCUAACUACCACACGCCGCCAUAUCUCAUUGCUAAGCCAGAGGUGACAAUCCACACACUGAGGCCAAAGGACAAGUUUCUGAUCUUGGCAACUGAUGGACUAUGGGAGCUGAUGCACAGGCAAACUGUGGUGCAGGUCAUAGGAGAACAUCUGACUGGUCUACACUGGCAGAAACCUGUAUCUGGGCUGUCUUUCACACUGGGACAGAUGCACAGGUUGCUCCAGGAGAGGAAAAGCAGAGCCAUUUUGGCUUUAGAGGAUGAGAACUCUGCAACACAUCUGAUCCGACAUGCUUUAGGGAGUGAUGGCUUUGGUACUGUGGACUCAAGGCGCUUGUCGAAAAUGCUCAGCUUGCCUCAGGACCUGGCAAGGAUGUACAGGGAUGACAUAACAAUUGUUGUAAUCCAUUUAAAUAGUGCCAACAUGUAAGCCAAUCAAAGAUCAGACGUAAAAGGGGCUAAGGGGCUCUAUUUUCAGCUGGCGCUAAGAACGGCGAUCUUGUCAAACUGGGGCUCUGACAUUUUCCAAGAGAGAUGUGAUGAUGCCGAUGACCCUCAUUUUUUGAAAGAUUUCAGUUGUUUUCUGUUCUAUUUGAUUAAAAAGUAUAACGAAGCUGUGUUCAAUAGCAAUGCGUCAU